CGCGCGAGGGUUACAGUCGCCAUUUUAUUUUUGAAAAAUCAAACCGAACUGGAAGGAGAGGAACCUUUUUAAAUCGUCAAGUUUGGGGGGAUAAAACUGAAGGAAUGAACAUCAUAAAAUACAUUUAGGAAUCACGAUGCUGAACUUGAUGUUGCACUGAGGGACCUUACCUUGCAUUGAGCAUCCACCGACCGGAAGCCUAUUUGAAAGCAGACUUAAAUUUUUUACACCUUUGGGGGGGGGGAAGCAGAAGUAACCUAUCACUGAAGGGACUAAAGGGGAAUAAUGGUGAUUUUGCGCCGGGCUCGGCCGCCUGCUUCCGCCCCAACCAGCAAUGAAUCUUGAUUCGCUUUCGCUGGCUUUGUCUCAAAUCAGCUAUCUGGUAGACAAUUUAACAAAGAAAAACUACAGAGCCAGCCAGCAGGAAAUACAGCAUAUUGUGAAUCGUCACGGCCCCGAGGCAGACAGGCAUUUAUUACGCUGUCUCUUCUCCCAUGUGGAUUUCAGUGGCGAUGGUAAAAGCAGUGGCAAAGACUUUCAUCAGACACAGUUUCUAAUCCAGGAGUGUGUGUCACUGAUUUCAAAGCCAAACUUUAUCUCAACCCUUUGCUACGCCGUCGACAAUCCUCUGCAUUACCAGAAGAGUUUGAAGCCGUCGACCCACCUUUUUACUCAGCUGAGUAAAGUUCUUAAGCUAAGCAAAGUCCAAGAAGUGAUAUUUGGCCUUGCUUUGCUAAAUUCGUACAACGCAGAUCUUCGUGGUUUUGCUGCGCAGUUCAUCAAGCAGAAGCUCCCUGACCUCCUGCGGUCUUACGUGGACGCAGACCUUGGGGGGAACCAGGAAGGUGGCUUCCAGGACAUUGCCAUAGAGGUCCUGCACCUACUCCUCUCCCAUCUCCUGUUUGGCCAGAAGGGAGCCAGCGGUGUCGGGCAAGAGCAGAUUGACGCCUUCCUCAAGACACUGUGCAGAGAUUUCCCCCAGGAGCGCUGCCCUGUGGUGCUUGCACCACUGCUGUACCCUGAAAAACGGGACAUUCUCAUGGACAGGAUCCUGCCAGACUCGGGAGAGUUAGCCAAGACCAUGAUGGAGAGUUCUCUUUCAGAGUUCAUGCAAGAAGUUGGCUAUGGCUUCUGUGCAAGUCUUGAUGAGUGCAGGAACAUAAUCCUGCAGUAUGGGGUGCGAGAGGUGACAGCCAGCCAGGUGGCCAGAGUCCUGGGCAUGAUGGCUCGCACACACUCUGGCUUGGCUGAUGGCAUCCCCUUACAGUCCAUCUCGGCGCCGGGCAGUGGGAUCUGGAGCGAUGGGAAAGACAAGAGCGAUGGCUCGCAGGCCCACACCUGGAAUGUAGAAGUUCUCAUUGACGUGGUCAAAGAAGUGAACCCCAAUCUGAACUUCAAAGAGGUGACGUAUGAGCUGGACCAUCCAGGCUUCAUGGUCCGGGACAGUAAGGGCCUCCAGAUGGUGGUGUACGGCAUCCAGAGAGGCCUGGGGAUGGAAGUCUUCCCUGUGGACCUCAUCUACAGACCCUGGAAGCAUGCUGAGGGACAGCUGUCAUUCAUCCAGCACUCCCUCAUGAGCCCGGAUGUGUUCUGCUUUGCUGACUUCCCCUGCCACACUGUGGCCAUCGACAUACUGAAGGCCCCGCCAGAAGACGACAACAGGGAGAUUGCUACCUGGAAGAGCCUGGACCUGGUGGAGAGCCUCCUGCGGCUGUCUGAGGUGGGCCAGUACGAGCAGGUGAAGCAGCUGUUCAGCUUCCCCAUCAAGCACUGUCCAGACAUGCUGGUGCUGGCCCUGCUGCAGAUCUCCACCUCCUGGCACACCCUGCGCCACGAGCUCAUCUCCACCCUCAUGCCCAGCUUCCUGGGCAACCACCCCAACUCAGCCAUCAUCUUGCACUAUGCCUGGCACGGACAGGGCCAGUCCCCCUCUAUCCGCCAGCUGAUCAUGCACUCGAUGGCAGAGUGGUACAUGAGAGGGGAGCAGUACGACCAGGCCAAGCUGUCUCGUAUCCUGGACGUGGCCCAGGACUUGAAGUCUUUAUCGAUGCUGCUGAAUGGUACUCCAUUUGCCUUUGUUAUUGACCUUGCUGCACUUGCCUCGCGCCGUGAAUACCUCAAACUGGACAAAUGGCUGACUGACAAAAUAAGAGAGCAUUUGGAGCCCUUCAUCCAGGCGUGUGUGACGUUCCUGAAGAGACGCUGCCCCUCCAUCAUGGGGGGUCUGGCUCCAGACAAGGACCAGCCCAAGAGCGCCCAGCUCCCCCCAGAGACGCUGGCCACCAUGCUGUCUUGUCUGCAGUCCUGCGCUGGGAAUGUGUCCCAGGAGCUGUCAGAGACGAUCCUGACCAUGGUUGCCAACUGUAGCAACGUGAUGAAUAAAGCUCGCCAGCCUCCUCCGGGGGUCAUGCCAAAGGGACGUGCUCCCAGUACCAGCAGCCUCGACGCCAUAUCUCCUGUGCAGGUAUCGGUGUCUCCCCUCCAGAUAGACCCAUUGUCUGCCAUGAGCUCCCUGAACAUUGGAGGAUCUGCCACCUCUCACACACAGAGCAUGCAGGGCUUUCCAACCACGCUGGCUUCAGCCUUCAGCAACCCCCAGUCUCCAGCCAAGGCCUUCCCCCCGCUCUCCAACCCCAACCCAAGCACACCGUUUGGGGGCAUUGGAUCGCUCUCUUCUGGUCCGCUGGGCUCAGGUAUCGGCUCUGGCAUCGGCUCUGGUAUUGGUCUGGGGAUGCAGACAGGGAGCAGUGACCCGUUUGGCACAAGAAAGAUGAGCACACCGGGGCUGAACCCCACCACCUUUCAGCAGACCGACCUCUCUCAGGUGUGGCCAGAGGCUAACCAGCACUUUAGCAAGGAGAUUGACGAUGAGGCCAACAGCUAUUUCCAGCGCAUCUACAACCAUCCCCCACACCCCACCAUGUCUGUGGAUGAGGUGUUGGAGAUGCUCCAGAGGUUCAAAGACUCGACCAUCAAGCGUGAGCGCGAGGUGUUCAACUGCAUGUUGAGGAACCUGUUUGAGGAGUACCGCUUCUUCCCCCAGUACCCGGACAAGGAGCUGCACAUCACCGCCUGCCUGUUCGGGGGCAUCAUUGAGAAGGGUCUAGUCACCUACAUGGCCCUGGGCCUUGCCCUCAGAUACGUUCUCGAAGCCUUAAGGAAACCCUUCGGAUCCAAAAUGUAUUACUUUGGAAUCGCUGCUCUAGAUAGAUUCAAAAACAGACUGAAGGACUAUCCUCAAUAUUGUCAGCACUUGGCCUCAAUUGGCCAUUUUCUGCAAUUCCCCCACCAUUUACAAGAGUGCGUACAGUAUAUCGAGUAUGGCCAACAGUCACGGGAUCCCCCGGUGAAGAUGCAGGGAUCCAUCACCACCCCCGGCAGCCUAGCGUUGGCCCAGGCCCAGUCCCAGCCGCCCAAAGCCCCUCAGCCUGGCCAGCCCAGCACCUUGGUCACCACGGCCGCCACCACCACCACCAAAACCACCACCAUCACCCGGCCGACACCGGGCAGCUUCAAGAAGGAUGUCCCGGUGAGCACGGCCCCGGCAAAGAUGCCCUCUAUCAACACCACCAACAUCGACACGCUGCUCGUGGCUACAGACCAGACGGAGAGGAUCGUCGAGCCUCCCGAGAACGUCCAGGAGAAGAUCGCCUUCAUCUUCAACAACCUGUCGCAGUCCAACAUGACACAGAAGGUGGAGGAGCUGAAGGAGACUGUGAAGGAGGAGUUCAUGCCCUGGGUGUCACAGUACCUGGUCAUGAAGCGUGUCAGCAUUGAGCCCAACUUUCACAGCCUCUACUCAAACUUCCUGGAUACAUUGAAGAACCCCGAGUUCGUCAAGAUGGUCCUCAACGAGACCUACCGCAACAUCAAGGUUCUAUUGACCUCGGACAAGGCAGCUGCAAACUUCUCUGAUCGCUCCCUGUUGAAAAACCUGGGCCACUGGUUGGGAAUGAUCACUCUGGCUAAAAAUAAACCAAUACUCUACACUGAUCUGGAGGUGAAGUCUCUCCUGUUGGAGGCCUAUGUCAAGGGUCAGCAGGAGCUUCUGUACGUGGUCCCCUUCGUGGCCAAGGUCCUCGAGUCCAGUUUACGUAGCAUGAUCUUCCGGCCUCAGAACCCCUGGACUAUGGCCAUCAUGAAUGUCCUGGCAGAACUCCACCAGGAGCAUGACCUGAAGCUCAACUUGAAGUUUGAGAUUGAGGUUCUGUGUAAGAACCUGUCCCUGGACAUCAACGACCUGAAGCCUGGGACCCUGCUGAAGGACAAGGACAAGUUGAAGAGCCUGGAGGAGCAGCUCUCCGCCCCCAAGAAGGAGAGCAAGCCUCCCGAGGAGAUGCUGCCUAUUGUAACAACAGGUACACCACUGUAUACAGGAGACUUUCUUCCAUUUGCAGCUGCCCCCUCUACGCCUGCCGCCACCACCCCCUGCACAGCCACCGGACCCCCCACCCCUCAGUUCAGCUACCAUGACAUCAAUGUGUACGCCCUGGCAGGGCUGGCCCCUCACAUCAACAUCAACAUCAGUAUCCCCCUGCUCCAGGCCCACCCCCAGCUGAAGCAGUGCGUGAGACAGUCCAUCGAGCGGGCCGUGCAGGAGCUGGUCCACCCCGUGGUCGACCGCUCCAUCAAGAUCGCCAUGACCACCUGCGAGCAGAUCGUCAGGAAGGACUUUGCCCUGGACUCUGAGGAGUCGCGCAUGCGCGUGGCGGCCCAUCACAUGAUGAGGAACCUGACGGCGGGCAUGGCCAUGAUCACCUGCAGGGAGCCGCUGCUCAUGAGCAUCGCUACCAACCUGAAGAACAGCUUUGCUGCCGCCCUCCGGGCCCCCACUCCCCAGCAGAGAGAGCUGAUGGAAGAGGCUGCCGCCAGGAUCGCCCAGGACAACUGUGAGCUGGCCUGCUGCUUCAUCCAGAAGACUGCUGUGGAGAAGGCCGGACCUGAGAUGGACAAGAGACUGGCCACUGAGUUUGAGCUGAGGAAGCAUGCCCGCCAGGAGGGCCGGCGCUACUGUGACCCCGUGGUGCUGACCUACCAGGCUGAGCGCAUGCCGGAGCAGAUCAGACUCAAGGUGGGAGGUGUGGAUCCCAAGCAGCUGGCUGUGUACGAGGAGUUUGCCAGGAACGUGCCCGGUUUCCUACCCAGCAACGACCUGUCUCAGCCCACUGGCUUCCUGGCUCAGCCCAUGAAGCAACAGGCAUGGGCCACAGACGACGUGGCUCAGAUCUAUGACAAGUGCAUGGCGGACCUUGAGCAGCACCUGCAUGCCAUCCCCCCAGCGCUGGCCAUCAACCCCCAGACCCAGGCCCUGCGCAGCCUCCUUGAGGCUGUGGCCCUGGCCAGGAACUCCCGCGACGGCAUCGCCGCCCUGGGGCUCCUGCAGAAGGCGGUGGAGGGGCUGCUGGACGCCACCAGCGGGGCGGACGCCGACCUGCUGCUGCGCUACAGAGAGUGCCACCUGCUGGUGCUCAAGGCCCUGCAGGACGGCCGUGCCUACGGCCCCCAGUGGUGCAACAAGCAGAUCACCAGGUGCCUGAUCGAGUGUCGCGACGAGUACAAGUACAACGUGGACGCUGUGGAGCUGCUGAUCAGGAACCACCUGGUCAACAUGCAGCAGUACGACCUGCACCUGGCCCAGUCCAUGGAGAACGGCCUCCACUACAUGGCCGUGGCGUUUGCCAUGCAGCUGGUGAAGCUGCUGCUGGUGGACGAGCGCAGCGUGAGCCACAUCACCGAGGCCGACCUGUUCCACACCAUCGACACCCUGAUGAGGACCAGCGCCCACUCCAGGGCCAACGCCCCCGAGGGUCUCCCCCAGCUGAUGGACGUGGUGCGCUCCAACUACGAGGCCAUGAUCGACCGAGCCCACGGCGGCCCCAAUUUCAUGAUGCACUCGGGGAUCUCGCAGGCGUCCGAGUACGACGACCCCCCAGGCCUGAGGGAGAAGGCCGAGUAUCUGCUGAGGGAAUGGGUCAACCUGUACCACUCUGCUGCUGCGGGCAGGGACAGCACCAAGGCCUUUUCUGCCUUUGUAGGACAGAUGCACCAGCAGGGUAUCCUGAAGACCGACGAUUUGAUCACGCGCUUCUUCCGCCUGUGUACGGAGAUGUGCGUGGAGAUCAGCUACCGCGCCCAGGCGGAGCAGCAGCACAACCCGGCGGCCAGCGCGGCCAUCAUCAGGGCCAAGUGCUACCACAACCUGGACGCCUUCGUCCGCCUCAUCGCCCUGCUGGUCAAACACUCUGGAGAGGCCACCAACACGGUCACCAAGAUCAACCUGCUCAACAAGGUUCUUGGCAUCGUGGUGGGGGUGCUGAUCCAGGACCAUGACGUGAGGCAGACGGAGUUCCAGCAGCUGCCGUACCACCGCAUCUUCAUCAUGCUGCUGCUGGAGCUCAACGCCCCCGAGCAUGUCCUGGAGACCAUCAACUUCCAGACCCUCACCGCCUUCUGCAACACCUUCCACAUCCUGCGGCCCACCAAAGCCCCUGGCUUCGUCUACGCCUGGCUAGAGCUCAUCUCCCACCGCAUCUUCAUCGCCAGGAUGCUGGCACACACGCCCCAGCAGAAGGGUUGGCCCAUGUACGCCCAGCUGCUCAUCGACCUGUUCAAGUACCUGGCACCCUUCCUGAGGAAUGUAGAGCUCAACAAACCUAUGCAAAUCCUCUACAAGGGCACUCUGCGCGUCCUGCUUGUCCUGCUGCAUGACUUCCCAGAGUUCCUGUGUGACUACCACUACGGCUUCUGUGACGUCAUCCCUCCCAACUGCAUCCAGCUGCGCAACCUGAUCCUGAGUGCCUUCCCCCGCAACAUGAGGCUCCCAGACCCCUUCACACCCAACCUCAAGGUGGACAUGCUGAGUGAGAUCAACAUCGCCCCCCGCAUCCUCACCAACUUCACCGGAGUGAUGCCCUCUCAGUUUAAGAAGGACCUGGACUCGUACCUGAAGACGCGCUCCCCCGUCACCUUCCUGUCCGAGCUCCGCAGCAACCUGCAGGUAGGGGGCGCCACUCUGGGUCCCUGGAAGUAUUUGCAGCACAACGAAACAUCUUUAGACCAGGUGUCCAACGAGGCAGGGAAUCGCUACAACAUCCAGCUGAUCAACGCCCUGGUGCUGUACGUGGGCACACAGGCCAUCGCCUACAUCCACAACAAGGGCAGCACCCCCUCCAUGAGCACCAUCACCCACUCUGCACACAUGGACAUCUUCCAGAACCUGGCCGUCGACCUCGACACAGAGGGCCGCUACCUGUUCCUGAAUGCGAUAGCCAAUCAGCUGCGCUACCCAAACAGCCACACCCACUACUUCAGCUGCACCAUGCUGUACCUGUUUGCCGAGGCCAACACAGAGGCCAUCCAGGAGCAGAUCACCAGGGUUCUCCUGGAGAGGCUCAUCGUGAACAGGCCACACCCCUGGGGUCUGCUCAUCACCUUCAUCGAGCUCAUCAAGAACCCCGCCUUCAAGUUCUGGAGCCACGACUUUGUGCACUGUGCCCCUGAGAUAGAGAAGUUGUUCCAGUCUGUGGCCCAGUGCUGCAUGGGGCAGAAGCAGGCUCAGCAGGUGAUGGAGGGCACUGGUGCCAGCUAGUCAGCCUGCAGGAGAUCAGAGAUGCCAGGGCCGACCCCCCCCCCCCCCCCCCCCCCCCCGCCCCCUACACACCCCACCCCUCCUCCUUUACUGUUAGCACUGGACGAACUGGCAACGCUCAAUCUAAUAUUAAGGACUGCUGCUCAUGGAUCUAAGUUUUUCUCUUUUUUUUUUGUUGCCUGAAUAUUGAGAAGUUAUUUGGACAUGCUGUUUAAUAUAAUUUUUUGGAGGCUUCGAUGUAAAUAUUAAAAGGGAGACGGAGAGCUAGAUAGUUCCAGCAGAGUGGGGAAAAGAUGUCCAAGAAAAACAUUUACAUUGUAAAGACAAAUGAACACAUGCGCGCGCGUGCGCACACACACACACACGCUUUCACUCACUACCAAAGCCCCCCUGUUUGUCUCCCUCUUACAGAUUUUUUGGUUUUUUGGGCUUUUUUUCUUUUCUUCUAUGACUGAUUUGCGUUCAGAGACUUGCUGGUAUAGGAUGAUAAAGCGGCGGCUGUUUCCUUUUUUGUUGCGUUUCUGAGUGGGCAGAGCACUAGCCUGUCUCCUAGGCUCCUCUCCUGGGCUGUGGGGGGUGAGGAUGGUUGGUUGGUUCCAUUUUAAACUGCGUUUCACUGGCUCUCCCUGGCACUUGUAAAAUUGUGGAAACUUUAAGAUGACAAAAUCUAAUCUUAAAACUUGUACAAAGAUCCAAAUUGCAGAACAACAAAAGAAGGACCAAUACAGACCAUUUUGUAAGGAUUUUGAAUGUUUUGUAAAUGUAUUGGUCCGUGUGUUGUAUUUUGUAGUCCUUUAUAGUUGCCUUUAGUUCUUGCUACUUAUUUCCUGUAUGUAUGCAUACUGUAGUUAUACACAUUAAACAAUUGAACUGCA